UUCAAGUUCUUCCAAAGUCGUUGGUUUGGUAGAGUAGACUUGCUCCUUUAACCAACCCUAAAGAAAGAAGUCGCAGGGUGUUAAGUCAGGACUUCUGGCUGGCCACUCAUGUGGACCACGAGGACCCAUGCAUCUCCCAUGGAAGUGGGCAUUCUGCCAUUCCCGAACAACAAUAGCAAAAUGCCAAGUAUUUUAAAAUAGGGACUUACUUCUCAAUUACCUUGUAUAUAUAAAUUGUAUAGGCGGUGUGUUUUUGCAUGUUUAUGAGUACAAAGGUGUCAUGCAGGUGUCAGUCUUCACUCAGUCAUCAUCUUGUUGUCCGAUCCACGCUGGCUGCUUCCACUCGGGGCGGGGUGCUUCUGCUGCUGCACGGAGCAGCUCACUGUACUGCACUGCACACCAGGACCAGCACCAGGACCACUAGGAAUAAGACCGUCACCAGCACCGGGACCAAGAUGGGCGUGGAGAAGGAGAAAUCGGACACAAGUAUCAUCAUGGACGAGGACGAGUUCAACAGGUCUAUAGAACCCAUCCUGACCAGGAAGGGCAAAGUUUUCGCUGCCGCACCAGACAGAGAUCCGAACGACAUCAACGCGCACCUCAAGGUGGGCUUCGAUGACGUCAUCGCCGAGCCCACGUCCACGAGGAGCUUCGACAAAGUGUGGAUCGGCAGCCACGCCGUCUUCGAGGUGGUCAAGUUCAUCUUCUACCGGCUCCUCACCGCCCUGCUUGCCGUGCCUCUGGCCUUCAUCCUCGGAUUGCUCUUCGCCCUACUCAGCCUCAUCCACAUCUGGUUGGUGAUGCCGGCCAUCCAGAGCCUCCUGAUGCUGCUGCCAUCAGUGCAGGUGGUGUGGAGGAGCCUGACGGACAUGUUUGUCAUGCCCUUCUUCCACAGCAUGGGCAAGACUUUGUCCUCCGUCCACGUCCAAACCAUGGACUACUGACAAGGACGAGAAGAAAGAUGCUUCUUCAUCAAGGUCUGCGUGAGAAGACACAAGCUGCUGCCGUACAUCGGAUCCAUACUAACGCUGCUGAUGACCUAAUCCAACCAUGAAGAUGUUGAGUGUAACUCAGAUGGAUUUAUUUGGAGAUCUUUAUGAUGUUUCAGAGGUUUCUUGCUUCAGUGGCUGGAUGUGACUGACCUUCUCCAAGAUGGCAUCAAGGUCUUAUUUAUUGCUCUUAUGUCCUUCAGUUAUAUGGCUGACCUCCCGCAGCCCAUUGAGGCAGUCGGUCCCAUUUGUGGUUCAGCGUUUACCAAAGAAAGUUCGGACCAUACUGAAGAGAAGAUCCAUGUGUAUGGGAUGAACACACUCGCGGUCGUAGCGCUCUUCUUCCGCGACGGAGCGCCGCGGCCAUCUUCUUUACGUGUGUGUUCCACAGUGGAAGAAAAUGCGCGUGUCCUCAUCACAUACACAUGAACGCACAGGCGACAGUGCGCAGGGACACGGCGGGAGACAAAUAUAACGCCGAGCGUUUUGUGGGGUCGGAUUUUUUUGGGAAAGCAUUUUUGUGAUGCAAAUGUAUUACUCCUUUGAAUGCGUAUUGUUGUUAGAAGCCAAACUCUUGACGUCAUUGUCCCCAGCAACUAAUCAGAACUACGUUCUUCAUCACCGAAAUCCGACCAGAACCGCACUUAGGAGUACAAGUGGGGGGUAAGUCUCACUGCUGAUGGGGACGUCGUCCAACUUCAUGUCAAAAAUCCAAACUAUCCCUUUAAGAGCAUUAUCGCUACAUGAAUAUCCAGUAUGGCAAUGUAUGCUGGCGUUGAUGAUCAUUUGACAAUUACAACUGUAUUCUCGCAAGGCAUCAAGUUUGGGCGUGUGAGCACGAGGCUCACCACGGUUGCAAACUGGUCUAGAUAAAAGUCUGCUCUGUGUUGAAGUCGUCUUUAAAGUCAGAAAGCAUGAAACAUCUUCAAGAAUCUUUAAACAUCUUUUCAUCAGAGUCUUAUAUUAAUACUAAUAUUGAAUUUUCUCAAACAUGGGAUGGAUGUACAGUGUCCCCUUGCUCUAUUGCGGUUCACCUUUCACGGAUUCGCAGAUUUUUGGGGGAUUGCAGCGUAUGAACGCUGUUACAGGCUGAGUCUGGCCCUUUAAGAAGAAUUGCAUUGUGGGAAGCUCAGUGUCUCUCUCUUCCCCCUAUCGUCUGUCUGCACCGCCCAUUAUUUGCUGCGUCCUGAUUGGCUGUAGACCAUUAUCAAUCUCCUUCUUGCCUUCCUGCCAUGUCUCCUGUGUCAUCGCUAGCUAGCUUGCUUGCUAGCUUGUAAAUGACUCUUCAGUUUGUCUGAAGCAAUAUGUUUUAACAAGGAUACAAAAACGCUACAGUACAGUGGGACGGCACCAGGACGAAAAGACACGGUCACAGGACUCAUGUUGAUCAUUAAGGUUGAUCAUUAAAAUUCAAACGAAGGUUUGAACUUUUUUGAGUGUUUAAACAAAAGAGAAAUGUGAGAAAAUGUCUGAGAAAAAGUGUAUAAAGUGUAUGGUGAGGGGUUUUACAGCCAUAAAACAUUGAAAAUCAUUGCAAAAAAAUGAUUUCACUUAUUGCGGGCUAUUUUGGGAACCCAUCACCCGCGAUAAACAAGGGAACACUGUACUGUAUAUCAGUGGUUCUCAACUGGUUUGGCUGCGGGACCCACCAUCACCACUCAAUGACAAGCCACGACCCAAAUUGCGGAACUUUUUCAACCAAAACUUCUUAAAUAUCUUAUAUUUAAAGGGCCCGAAUGCAACAAUUACAGGCUGUCCAGAGGGCGCUUACCUUCUAACGUGUUGCAAGCAUUAUAUCCCACGCUCUUCCUGUUCAGGAACAAGACAUUUUUAUCCACAAAUUCUAAAAUGAUUUGAACGGAAAGCGGUGUAAAGGUCUUCGGUACAUAGUCUACCUGAGGAGUUGAAUGAGAGCACCUGGACUGGGACCUGAGGAGUUGAUUGAGAGGUGCAACAUCUGAAAGAAAAUCAAGCAAGUCCGGUUGCUGUCAUUCAACUCCUCAGAUAAACAAAAAGUACAAUCCAAAAUAUACAAAUGUAACUUUUUUCUGAUUAACGCAGCAGGUAAGUUUAAUAAUAAUAGUUCGUUUCUUCGGUAGACCACCCCUCCACCUGGGUCGAUAGAUCCACCUCGGCAUGAAACUACCUGCGAGGCUUCAUCGUGGAUCGAAUUCCCCAAGCGACACAAUGUGAGCUGGAGCGUUGAGACUCUUCUCUAACCUACGCAGCUGUGCGUCGGACGGAUGGCGCGUUAAGUUCACACUCGAUGUCCUUCGCCUCCCGCUCAAGUCGGACCAAGUCGCCCAUAGACGUGGCACGCACCUGGUGGUGGCGUAGCAAGCAAAUAGCACAGACAAACUAUUUUUUUGGGCAAGACCAGCAAGCUACUGACCCACCAGUUGAGAAUCACUGCUCUAUAUGGACAAAAGUGUUGGGACACAGCUCUUAAUCCAUGGAUGAAUGAGUGAGAUUUGGAUGUUCAGUCUUCAUUCUUCAUCGAGACACAUUUUCUUCACUUUUACCGUCUUGUGGGUGACCCAAUACUUUUGCCCAUAGAGUGUCUGAUUACUAUCUGUCUGUGUCAUUAUUUGCUAACGGCGUGUGUCAUUCAGGUAUGGAUGCUGUUUGGCUUUAGCGGCUUAGCGAGUUAACUCAGUGUCUUUACAUGACUGCUGAGUCUUGGAAGGAUUGUUGUGUACGGAAAUGAAAAAGGCACAAAUGUUGCACAUUUACAUACUGCUUGUGUCAAGCUAAUCAAAAUACUAGGGCUGUCAAAUGAGUAAAGAUUUUAGUCACAUUAAUUCAUUUGAUUUGAUUUUCAAGUUAAUUCAUCGUGAUUAAUCACCAUGUCACACCAUGUUGCCUUAUGUUAGCUUAUCAUAUUACCUUAUCAUUUUCCUAUGUAUUUUAAACUAGCAAAGAGUACAUUGGGAAUACAGGAAGUGAACAAAUGUAUUGCAAUUGAUGUAGAUUAAAUAAGCUUUGCUUCUUCCUACUCCUUGAGGGACAUGUAGAACAGUAAAUUGUACUAUGUGAUGUAUUCCAAUGUAACUUGUAUGCAUGUUCAAAAUAAAUUAAAUUAUUACCAUUA